GGAGAAACUACAAAGAGAUAUCAAAAUUUAGACGAUCUUGAUAUAUCAAAAGUAAUCAAAAUAAUGAGAAGUUGUGAAAUAUUUAUUCCGGAUGGUUCUAUAGCGUAUUAUGAGGCGUUGAUAACCUCCAGAAAUGAAGUGAUGCAUUCUUCGAAAAACCAAAUGGUGGAGGAAAAAACAAAGCUGGUGCUAGAAGGGGCGAGAAAACUUUUAAAAUGUCUCGGCAUAUCCGACACAGAAUACUAUAAAGAGGCCAUACAAGAAUUACAGGAUCUAGAAGAGAACGACUUUGUAAUAAAAUACCAACCGGAAGAAUACAAACAAAUCGUAGCCAAGGUUUUAGAGGCAAAAGAUAUUGCUGCUGAGAUACACAACGCUAUUGAUGCUGAUCAUCAAUGUAAAAGUCAGAGCAAAUGUUUGCAAGAAAUGUUGGAAAGGAUCAGUGGUACUAGUUCUACAGAAAAAAAGGUUUGGAGUUUAAACCAGCUGAAUAUAAAUCCCUUGUAAAAGACUCAUUGGAGAAGAAGCAAGAAACUAUAGCAUUAGAUAAAUCUACCUGUGAUGAGGAUACCGAGGAGUACAUUGAAUUGCAAGCAUUAGAAGAUAAAGCAGAGCAGGAUCUGAAAGAUGUACAUGAAGUACUACAGAAGAAGGACUCUGAGGAAAUGGUAGAAAUAAUUGACAAUCACCAUAAAGAAGUGAAAACUCUCCAUGAAAGCAAAAAUGAAAUUAGUAAAAAGGUAGAGAAUCUCAGUAAAGAAGUAGAAACUCUCCAAGAAGACAAAAAGAUAAUUGAAGAGGA